AAGCAGCGCGUGCGCGGGGCGGUGGCCACGCCCCCCGGUGCUGGAGGUCGCGGGACAGGAUGAAGGAGUGGUGGGUCCAGGUGGGGCUGCUGAGCGUCCCCCUCCUCGCCGUUUACCUCCACAUCCCACCCCCAAAACUCUCCCCAGCUCUCCUCUCCUGGAGGGCAGCAGGAGGGUUCUUCACCUACAAGAGCCAGAACAUCUUCUACAGAGAUUCCAGCGGUGCUCUUGGCAGCUCCGACAUCGUUGUGCUCCUGCACGGCUUCCCAACCUCCAGCUACGACUGGUACAAGAUCUGGGAAGGGCUGACCCAGCGCUUUCACCGUGUGGUUGCUCUGGAUUUCAUGGGGUUUGGUUUCAGUGACAAACCUAGGCCCCACCACUACUCCAUCUUUGAGCAAGCCAGCAUUGUGGAGGGGCUGGUGAGGCACCUUGGUCUCCACCACCAGAGGAUCAAUCUCCUGUCCCACGAUUAUGGGGAUACGGUGGCACAGGAGCUGCUGCACAGGUAUGAGCACAAUAAAACUGGAAGCAUCUUGAUCAACAGCCUCUGUUUAUCCAACGGAGGGAUUUUCCCCGAAACCCACUACCCCCGGUUCAUCCAGAAGAUCCUCAAGGAUGGGGGUUUGCUGUCCCCCAUCAUCACAAGGCUGAUGAACUUCUUUUUCUUCUCCAGAGGGCUGGGCUCUGUCUUUGGGCCCUACACCCAGCCUUCCCAGGCAGAGUACUGGGAUAUGUGGACAGCGGUGAGGACCAACGAUGGGAACCUGGUUGUUGACAGUAUUUUGCAGUACAUAAACCAGAGGAAGAAGCACAGAGACCGCUGGGUUGGAGCUUUGAUGUCCACCUCUGUCCCACUGCAUCUCAUCUAUGGGCCUCUGGAUCCUGUGAAUCCCCACCCAGAGUUUCUUCAGCUUUACAAGAAGGUGCUUCCCAUGUCCACAGUGUCUGUGCUGGAUGACCACAUCAGUCACUACCCACAGCUGGAGGACCCCACAGGAUUCCUCAAUGCUUAUCUCAACUUCAUCAACUCCUUCUGAGCAGCUGCAGCUCAGGUCUUGCUCCCUCUUGACAAAUCCAAGGCUUUGGGGGUAGGAAGAAACCUUAAAUUUUUUUAUCUCCAGAUCCAAGACUUUUGCACUGACACCUUGAAUAUGCUGCCAGACUCCUGGAUGUUCAUCCUUGGAGCACCAAAGAGAAUUAAGAUGCAGGGAGGCUUGGACAAAAGAGUUCCAGGAUGCUGACAGCUCUUCCAGCCUUGUGCCCACCUUGGUUUUUGACUGGUUUGUGUCUGUAGAGCCAGAAAGGGACAAUGGGGACACCUGAGGGGAGGCAGAGAACAUCUCUCAGUCCCCAAAUCCUCCUUGACCUUCACUGCCAGGCAGACAGGACCAGGAGGAUGUCCCCAGGCUGGGUGUUGGUUUGAGCUGCAGGAGUUUAAAUUACAUCCUUCUGCUCAAGUGUCACAACACUGAAGAAUUUGUGGAGUUUGUCCACACUAAAUUAAGGAAUCUGCAACUCAUCCAGCCCAGGUUGCUCCAAGCCUCAUCCAACCUGGCCUUGAACACCUCCAGGGAGGGGGCAGCCACAACUUCUCUGGGCAAUCUGUUCCAGAGUCUCAGCACCCUCCUCCUGAAGAACUUCUUCCUAAGCUCCAGCCUGAACCUCUUCUCCUGCACUUUCAAACCAUUUCCCCUUCUCCUAGCACUGGACACUCUUCUGGAAAGUCCCUCUGCAGCCUUCCUGGAGGUUCCCUUCAGGGACUCUAAGGUCCCCCUGGAGUCUCAACACUCCCAGCUCCUCAGCCUCUCCUCAUGGCAGAGCUGCUCCAGCCCCUGGAUCAUCUUUGUGGCCUCCUCUGGACUCAUCCCAACAGAUCCAUGUCCUUCUUCUGCUGGGGACACCAGAAUGGAUGCAGGAUUGGAAGUGAGGGUCCCACAAAAGAACAGUAGAGUGGGAGAAUCCCCUCUCCUGAUCUGCUGGCCAUGCUCCUCUGGAUGCAUCCCAGGACAGGGUUGGAUUUCCAUGUCCUUCUUCUGCUGGGGACACCAAAACUGGACACAAUUCUGUCUUCAGAAAUCACUUUUUUAUGGCCACUUUUAAAGGCAAGCUCUAAACCUCCAGUUUUUGCCCACAUCACUUGGUUAUUUUUAUUUUUCAGUUGGACAAGCAGAGCUACUCCACCUGAUUAUCUCAGGAGCUUUGCUGAAGCUUGGCUGUAGCACCCCAGCUGGGACCUGUUUCACUGGAACAUGGUGAAUAUGCAAUCCUGGCAGUAGGAAAAGCCAAAGUGUUCUGAGCAAUAGCUAUUCCUGCCCCAGGGAUCUGGGAUAGGUGUUUAAAUUAGGAUUGAAAUUCUAUUUCCUUCUUCCUCCCUCUCUGACUUGGUAACUAAACAGAAGAAAGAUGCAGAACUUCCCUCCCAAAGAAGCCACCACAAAGUCCUUCCCUUCCUCCUCUUUUCCCAGCUUUUGCUGCAGGAUGUUCCACAUCUUUUGAGCCUGGGAAAAAGCUGUGGUGCUGGUUUCUAACAUAAGGCUCAAGAGAACUGAACAUGCCUUGAGAGGUGGGAGUGUAAUCUCUCUCUGUACAUUGAUUUUCCUGUGUGGAACAGAGGAGAAGCUGUAAAUCUGCAGGUUUUGUGUGGUUUUUAACUGCUUAUAGUCAAAACUUCAUAGCAUCCCUUUAGGAAUAAGGGGCUUCUCCUGAGACAACAGCCCUGAAGGGUUAUUUUUUUUUGUACUGAAGCAGAAUUAAGCCAAGAAAUGUCUAUUUUAUUAACAGUUAAUUCAUAGGAAUUCCACCACUUGAACCAGUGUUUAUUUCCUGUUAAUAAAAAUCAGUUUG